GUCACGUGGGUGAGUCAGGUGACGCUGCGGGGCGGGCGGACAGACUGCGGGGCGCACGGUGGACGCAGGGACGCGGGUUUAGCUGUGGCCCCACAGACCCGAGCCCCGCCGUCGUUGCCGCCAUGACGGGGCUAGCGCUGCUCUACUCCGGGGUCUUCGUGGCCUUUUGGGCCUGCAUGCUGGUCGUGGGAAUUUGCUACACCAUUUUUGACUUGGGUUUCCGCUUUGAUGUGGCAUGGUUCCUGACUGAAACUUCCCCCUUCAUGUGGUCAAACUUGGGCAUUGGUCUAGCUAUCUCCCUGUCUGUGGUUGGGGCAGCAUGGGGCAUCUAUAUUACUGGCUCUUCUAUCAUUGGAGGAGGGGUGAAGGCUCCCAGGAUCAAGACCAAGAAUCUGGUCAGCAUCAUCUUCUGUGAGGCUGUGGCCAUUUAUGGCAUCAUCAUGGCAAUUGUGAUCAGCAACAUGGCUGAGCCUUUCAGUGCCACUGACCCUCAAGCCAUUGGGCAUCGAAACUACCAUGCAGGCUACUCCAUGUUUGGAGCUGGCCUCACAGUAGGCCUCUCUAACCUCUUCUGUGGAGUCUGCGUGGGCAUCGUGGGCAGUGGAGCUGCCCUGGCUGAUGCACAGAACCCCAGCCUCUUUGUGAAGAUUCUCAUCGUGGAGAUCUUUGGCAGUGCCAUUGGCCUCUUUGGCGUCAUUGUUGCAAUCCUUCAGACCUCCAGAGUGAAGAUGGGUGACUAGAUUAUCUGUUUGGGUGGGGCCGUGUCCCACUCUUAUUUAUUUGUGGUUUUCCCAGGACAGCUGGAGCUGUCACCCUUGGCCUUUCACGGGGCUUGGUGUUCAGGGCCCUCCCUGCACUUGGCUUCUCGCUGCCCAUCAACUUGGAGGCACUACCUGGCUGGAGCCUCGGUGUGGGGAGUGGAUUGCUGAUGACCGUGUGCAGCUGUGCACCUGUGUCCCGCCUCUUCCCCAACCCGUCUUCCCAGUGUUUGUGAAAUAAACGUGGUUUCUGUCUGGGUCA